AACAGUUGCAGUUGUUUCCAUUGGACUGGCAAAGUCGAUUAGCCAGGUAAAGUUUAUUCCGUUAUAAGUCGAGACAUACAAAAAGUUUAUGCGAGAAAUUUAUCUGUUGGAAAUUACUUAUAGUGGUCAAAUUAAACAGAUAUCCCUUGAAACCAUGAAUCUGUGUCGUGCCAUCUGACUUUAUGCGUAUAUCGCUCACUUUCAUCACGUAACGUAAAUAUGUAACUGAGAGGGCUAGACCAAUUUACACAAUGUUUGAAGUUUUUUUUCUCAAAGACGAUAACGGAAAUAGACCACUCGGUAUAUUAAAAUUAGCAUUGCGGGAUAUUUUUGCGAGGUUGGCGACGCUACAUUUUGAGUCCUGACUGAGGUUAACGGUUUGAAAAAAGGAUCUACCAUAGAACGAAAGUCCCAGCUGAUUUCAGCUCGGUACACAUUUUCUACAUCCUUGGUAAGUUACUUCAACAGCAUUUAUAUAAUACCCUUACCGCAUAACUCCUCCGUGGAAAGAGUGAUCAGUAUUGUUCCGAGCAAACUGGAUGGCGAGGCGCAUUUGAUAUCUUGGACGUGUCUAACUAAAGGGAAGUGGUUUUUUGAGCCAAGAAGGCGUUCCCGAAGCCAUUCCAGAUUGCAGUCGCAGUGAAAAGGGUUUCCUCCGAUAGACCUGUAAACAGAUAAAAGUUAAGAUCAAGUAGUUUCGAAAUCAUCAUAAUGUCAGGAUUCGUAUUACGUAUCAAGUAGUCGCCUGUCUCUUCCCAACUGAAAAACUUUUCGAAAAGAAUAAGGGUUGAUUUCGCUUCCAUUUUGCAGUGAUGCUGUUUGUUCCCACCCAGUUCGAGUGAUGUGCAAAUAAGGGCUUCAAUAAAGUCAUGUGCAUGACGAGGGAGAAAUGAAGGUGUCUCAUUUUGUGAGUUGCUCCAUUUAGAAAAGGAGAGGUGCUUUCACUUUAUUUAGAAGGCGUCCGAUUCUGGAGUGCAGUUCUUUUCAGACGGCGUGUAAUCUAAAAUGACGUCCCCUUUUAGAACCGUUUCGAUAUUUCGUGGAAGUGAUUUACUAGCUGAACGUACCAUGUGUAAGUGAAUUUUUGGGUAUGAAAACGUGAUAACUAUGUCAUUUCACUUCAAUUUUUCUGAGUACUUUUGAGUUGCAAUGAAAUAACGGAGAUAUUACAUUUUUGAUAGGUCCAUUAACGUUAUCUUUGUCAUAGCAACACAUCGCAUGAUAAAUUAAUUCUGCAGAUUUAAAAAACAGACAGCAUAUCGUGUGGCUCGCGAAAGGUUUCUCUGUAGCUCCGUGGAGGAACUUCUGGUCAGUCUGUGGAACGUCAAUGGUUCGAACUGCCGUUUAUUUCUUUACACUGCGAAGCACUAUCGUUCGUGUCUCUGAUUGGACGAACGAUGUAUUUUCACAGUCGUUCACUUCUAAUCUUUGAAUUGAAACGUAAAAAAAUCUCAGUAUGUUUGAAAUAAAAACACCAUACCAUGGAAAGUGCUUAAACGAUUUUUAUUCACGAAACGCGAUGCGUCAAAAGACUCACUCGUUCUCUUUUUUGAUACAUCGAAACUCGCGAAUAACAAUCCGAGAGUGCGCACGAACGGCUUUAGUGCACGCUCUCGAAUAAUCUCGAUUUCCCUCGGCCCUCUUUUACGACAUCUUGAAAAAACCUCACGGAGCGAUUACUGUUCCUAGGGUAGUUACUAAAUCACAAACAUCUGCACAAUACAUAUACCAAACACACUUACUUUUUUGCUAUAAAAAAAACUGUUACAGUCCACAACUGAGUUAAGAAACAAAUCAAAUGAUUGGACUUCUUUUAGACUCACAGGUGAUGAAGGUGUUCUAGUUCCUGGAUUGAUUCUUCAAAAAAUGUUGUGAUGUUGUUUCGCUCCAAAUUUCUGUUGAAAAAUAAGGAACUUAUAAAUUGAAGGAGGAAAGGAAGAUGGAUAGAAAACUAGAAAAAAAUGGGAAGAAAAAUGGGCGUGUACUUACAUAGAUUGAACACUUCUGUAACCAUCACCAAAUUGAACACUUGAGAUGUUGUUUCCGGAAAGAUCUCUGUAAAGGAUUAUUAAUUCUGAACGAUUCACAAUAAUUCGCGAAUGAAUGUACGCUUAUUUUGUACAGAUAUAAUUUUUUGACUUACACAGUUACAACUUCCCAGCUUUCUUUCACUUCAGGGAUUGCAAAUAUUCCUGCGUUGCGACACUGAAAAAAUUUCCUGUCUUUGUAAAAUCUACAUCCCGUUGGAUAGCCUUCUGCGAUAUCAUCAGAAACCGAAUGCGGAACUUUUUCCCCGGACUGUGCUCCACAAAGAGAAUAUUGAAGAAAAAUCAAGACAAAGAUUGGUGCGAAAAGAGUUUUGGCCAUUGCAGAAACAGUGGCGGUUUUUGAAACUUCAUUUUGACGUCAAAUUGAACGGUCGCUGAGCGCGCUAUUCGCGCAUGCGAUAAAAGCGCGAACUUUUUCUACAACGUUAUAUUUUCAUUCGAUUUCAUUUCAGUCUUUGUGUUUAAUUACUCGAGAUUUUUGGGAUUAAAACCUGUAGUUUUGGCCUACGCUUGACUUAAUUAAAAAUUUGCGUUAUUAGUCAUUUUUCAAUUGCGCGCAGCGUCAAUGUUUCAAACUCCGAUUUUUUCGCCUGACAAGUAAUCUGUUUGGUAGACCUUUGUCAAGAAAGCUAUUUCGAAUUAGGAAACUUUGUUCAAUGAAAACUGAGCUGGCGCAUUCAUAAAUUUUUGUUCCGUUAAAAACGAGUUUCGAAGAAAAGAUAACAGAUAAAAAAUUAGCUUAUGAUUGAAAUAAAAGUUCCAAUUAUUUUUGACGUUAUGUCUUUAACAUUACGUACUUUCUUUGGCAAUUAGGUUGACGUUGCAGUUUAUUACGUCACUCGUUGAAUCGGUUAAAACAAAAACUCUGAGAUGUGACGACGAAAAACUGAGACCGAAAUGGGCGGCGCUUGGCGAAUGCACAUCUUGGUGUUGCUGUGUUGUGUGUUUAUCAUCUCGACCAACGGAAAGAAGAGCGCCUCCUCCAGAUGCAGAGUGCGUCGGUUUGAAAAAAAGCUUGAUUGUAGAGGGGUUGGAUUCAGCAGGAUACCUAAGAUUGACAAAGGAAUACUGAUAGCGUAAGUGAAAUACUUUGGUUACAAUUUGAUUUCGUUUUGUUAAGAAUCAGUUGAAGUCUUGUUUUUGGACAAUUCGCUCCGUUCCCGCGCUUUAGGUAGUUUGCUUUUUCAGUUACUUUGAGUUCUUGCUGGCUCUUUGGAUUAUUUUCCUUUUGGUUGACCGUUGUAAUAACUGUGUUGUUACCACACUCAAUCAGAAAACGCUCUUAACAACCAUCGUACAAUGCUUUUAAUAAGGUUUUAUAUAUCAUUGUCAUUUCCUGCGCGUUUUGCUAUCCAUUGAAAGGCAGUUCAUUUUCCACAGAGAUUUUACAGACAACCAUAUAACACACUUAACCAAAGAGGAUUUGGGACGCCUUAGAAAGUUACAAAAAGUGUGAGUAUUCAUCCAUGCAGAUUGGUGUAGUGUGUACUUGAACGAAGUGGCCCAUCCAGCUAGAGCUUAUCCCGGUUUUCAUGGGAUGAAGCGAUUAGGAAUAUUACAACUACAUCGCAAAUUUACCCCAGCAUUUCUCCAGUAGCCAGGCUUCCAUGGUACCCAGUGAUACUCUUAUCUGGAGAGAGGUUCCUGCGGGGUUCCUGCGUACUGACCGCAAGGUCACCAAGUCUCUUACACUCAAUGAGAGUAUCUUGAUAAUUAUGAAUUUUUCCAAAACUCUAGAUCGAUCAGGAAAAAUCUAUAUAUGAUUAUUCGGUGAAAUGAAAUUAUUCCUGAUUUAAAAGUCAAAGGUUAUCAAUCGCCUUUGGUAUGGAGCUUCCCUGGUAUCAAGGUUAUCCCUUAAAAGUUAAAAAUUAAGAAAAAAAGUGGCCAUAAGCCAUUGAAAAACUGCUGAAAUUUUUUUCCAGAGAGUCAAAUUGUGUGAAAAAUUUUUUUCUUUUAUUUUUUUAAGCUUAAGACUCAGGGGUUUAGUUAUUCAUUCAUUCAAUUUUUUAUAGUUAUCUGAAUGGGAACCCAUUGCAUUGUGACUGUAAUCUCGAAAGGCUUAGACUUGGCCGGAAGAAUCUGCCUGUAAUUCAAGAUGUGGAUAAUAUUCAGUGCAAAACACCAUAUCAUCUUCGAGAUAAGCCUUUGAACUCUCUC